CUGAAGGAGGAACGACCAAGCAGUCUUUUCUUACGAAGGGCACUUUACUUGCUAAAAAGGCUAAAACGAAAAACGGAAAAUAGAGAGAAAAUGGAUAACGACCACGCUUACACGACCACUACUUAUGAUAAAGUCAGCCCCGUGGAGUUCACAUAUAAAAUGAGUGCACAAGAAGUUGAAGACUUUGUGAAGCUGAGGGUUUCUAAUAAUUACCUCUUCUCUGGAAGGAGAAAUACUUCCAUGUGGGCCUGGAGGGCCAUCCUGAAACAUAUGGGCUUGCAACAUAAGAUGAGUCAUUGUCAAGCGUCCAAAAAGUGGGAAAACAUGAAGAAAAGAUACAAGGACCUAAAGCAUCCUCCAGACGGGGUGAAAGUCUUCCCUGAGUCGUGGCCUCAUUUCAAACUGAUGGACGACGCCACGGAGGGCCGUCUGGAAGGCAACGCCCCCAUCCUCAAGGCCGUCCCCACCAACGGAGACUUCUUACCCAACUCCAGAGCCAAGAAGAGGAAGGUGUCCAUGUUCAUAAACUCAGCUGGACCUUUGUUAGAAGGCGGCCCAGAGAUCGAGGUCUCCCUGAACGGAGACGAGGACGAGGAGGAGGGGAGCGAGGAGAUGGUUGGAGCCAUGCAGGAGAUGGAGAACAAGAGGGACAUGAUGGAGAGCGAGAGGCAGGUGCUGGACAGAGAGAAGCAGGUGAUGGAGAGGGAGCGGCUGGUGCUGCUGAGGGAGCGGGCGGUGCUGGACCGGGAGGUCGCCGCUCUGGACCGAGACCGGGCCUCGCUGGAGAGAGAGCGGGCGACCAUAGAGAGAGAGAAGGCGGUGCUGCAGCGGGAGAGAGCGGCGCUGGAGAGGGACAGAGACGCUGUGAGCAGAGAGCGUCUGGCUCUGGAGAGAGAACGAGCCAGACAGGAGAGGAUGUCUGCAGCCAGAGGAGGAGCUGAGGAGGCGACAGAGGAGAACCACGUAGACGUCACGGACAGGAAGGAGAGAUUCCUCAACUUGUUUGAAAAACUUAUUGAAAAUUUUUGAUUUAUUGCUUCUUUUUUUGCACAAAACCUUCCCUGAUGUAACAUAUUUCCACCUUAGCUGCAGCUGCAUAAUGCACAUUAGGGAUGUCACAAGAACCAAAACUUGGUGCUGUGUUGAUUUGCAAAUUAUGAAAAUGUGACGUGCUCCUUUAUCAGGAAAUGCCCACUGACCU